AUGAUAGAACGAGACCGUCGGCUGGAGAAGGCCUUGUUGCAAGCAGACGACGAGCUGUUGUACUCGGUGGUGGCGUUGCGCUCUUACAGGUUCGGAGAGCAGCAUUUUAUCGGCGACGCCGUGCUCUACAUGGAAGAGCUGAUGGAAGAGGCGGUACAUUUACUGGUGGAAGCACGGCCAUAUGAGCGCAAAUACCAGGGCACUUGGAGCUUGCUCAACGCGUCGGCGACAGGUCUCACGGACCGCAUCUACUACUGGGGUUUCAGUGUCAUGAGCCAAAUGCGGCAGAUGCUGUAUGAGAAAGCUUACUCGAAGCAUUCGCCGCAGAGGACGAGCUCAACCUGGGGAGCCUGGCUGCGGAACUGGAUUUGCGUGUCUACCAUGAUCAUGGCCGCCUGGAAUGGCCGAGUCAUACCACAUUCAAGGCCGUGUCGCCCCAAUCCUGAGCCGCGCGAUGUCACGCUCAGUGGCAAGCUUCAGCAGGCAUUCUGCGACCGACGGGUGAAGAGCAUAUCUCAGCGUCGCCAUCAUUCGUCGCUCUCCCCUGCACACAUCUCCUCCCCGCAAUUCCUGAUCCUGCGACGCCCUUCACAGGUCGGUCAGGGCUUCUUCCCCACGGAGGACGAGACCCAGCAUCCAACCAGGAAUCACACCCUAGCAUGGUAA